UCGCCCCAGCCUCUCAUUUUCCCUCAUGAUGGAUCAGGAAAGCAAGGAGGGUUGUGUUUUGCUUAAAGGCUAAUACCUAGUCAGUGAUCUCGUGUUUGUGACUGGAGAGAACGGAGUUGAAAGUCACACAACAAGAUGUUCCAGAUGAGUCAAUACUUCGUUGUCUUUCUCCUGUUUGGAGCCGUGAAUUCACAGGUAAACCCAGCUGUAUGUAGGUAUCCUCUAGGAAUGAAUGGAGGUCAAAUUCAGGAUGAAGAUAUUUCUGCUUCCAGCCAAUGGUCAGAGUCCACCGCCGCUCGAUAUGGCAGAUUGGAUUUUGAUGAUGGAGAUGGUGCGUGGUGUCCGGAUGUCAUGGCUGAAGCGCACAGUCUGAAGGAGUUUCUGCAGAUUGACCUCCGCACUCUGCAUUUUGUCACUUUGGUUGGCACACAGGGACGUCAUGCAGACGGGGUGGGCAAUGAAUUUGCCCAGAGAUACAGGAUUAAAUACAGCCGGGACGGCACUCGAUGGGUCUCCUGGCGGGACCGGCAAGGUCGACAGAUCAUUGAAGGAAACAGUAACGCCUAUGACAUCGUGCUUAAGGACCUGGAGCCUCCUAUUAUUGCUCGUUUUGUGCGCUUCAUGCCUGUGACUGACCCGUCUAUGAUUGUGUGUAUGAGGGUGGAGCUCUACGGCUGUGAAUGGCUCGAUGGCCUUGUGUCCUACAGCGCCCCUGCUGGCCAACAGAUGACUUUCAGAGGCCAGCAGAUCUACUUAAAUGACACCGUGUAUGACGGAGCCGUUAGUUCCAGCAUGGCAGAAGGUCUCGGGCAGCUGACUGACGGCAGCUGGGGUUUGGACGACUUCACUAAAAGUCAGGUGUAUGGAGUCUGGCCUGGCUAUGACUAUGUGGGCUGGACGAAUGCUAGUUUACCUGGUGGCUCGGUGGAGAUGACCUUUGAGUUUGACCGGGUCCGAAACUUCACCUCAAUGAAGGUCCACUGUAACAACAUGUACGCAUGGGGAGUGAAGAUGUUCCGACAGGCCGUGUGUUCCUUCCGUUCGGAUGCAGACUGGGAGCCCAAUCCUGUGUUUUUCAAGCCGAAAGCAGACAGCAUCAGUCCAAGUGCUCGCUUUAUCACUGUUGCUCUUGGCAACCGCAUGGCCAGCGCAAUCAGGUGCCGUUUUGCGUUCAGUGACAUCUGGAUGAUGUUCAGCGAAAUUGCUUUCCAGUCAGAUACAGCAGUGUACAACACCUCUCUUGUACCUCGCAAACGUAACCAAGCUCCAGUGGAUGAUCCCACCCACAAAAUCGAUGACAGCAGUACAAGGAUCCUCAUCGGCUGUUUGGUGGCCAUUAUUGCCAUUCUGUUGGCCAUCAUAAUCAUCAUACUAUGGCGACAGGUCUGGCAGAAGAUGAUUGAGAAGGCCUCUCGGCGUAUGCUGGACGAUGAGCUGGCCGUGCGUCUGUCUGUUCAGAGAGAGGCGUUUGUCCACCGCAGCUCCUCUCUGUCCAGCGACGUCGAAUCCACUUCCACAUACGAGCGCAUUUUCCCAUUGGGAUCUGACUAUCAGGAGCCUUCACAACUUUUACGCAAGCUACCAGAAUUCCAGGCUAUGGAAAACCUUGCGAUGAUCGAUGGUGCUUCUGAACCCUCUCCAGCUCAGGGUACAGAUGAAGCUCCACACUACGCAGAGGCAGACAUCCCUGGAGCUCACAGCUAUCGCGUCACUGUGGUCAACAUGCCUUUAUCUCCUGGAAGAGACGGAGCUCUGGAGGAGUUUCCCAGGGACAGACUGACCUUCAAAGAGAAGCUCGGAGAAGGACAGUUUGGAGAGGUUCAUCUGUGUGAAGCUGAAGGAAUGCAGGAAUUCAUGAAGGACCAUUGUGAUGACAUUUGCGUUGACCCAAUGCUCGUAGCGGUCAAAACCCUGAGAGAGGACGCUGACAAAAAUGCAAGGAACGACUUCAUGAAAGAGAUCAGGAUCAUCUCGCGAUUAAGAGACCCGAACAUCAUUCGCCUGUUGGCGGUGUGUGUUGAGAGCGAUCCGCUGUGCAUGAUCACGGAGUACAUGGAGAACGGAGACCUCAAUCAGUUCCUGUCCCGCCACCAGCUGCAGGAAGACGGAGUUCAGGCUGACUCUACUUCCAUCAGCUACGGAACGCUGAUCAACAUGGCCUCUCAGAUUUCCUCUGGAAUGAAGUAUCUGUCAUCCCUGAAUUUCGUUCACCGUGAUCUCGCCACACGCAACUGUUUAGUCGGCAUGAACAACAUCAUCAAGAUCGCAGACUUUGGCAUGAGCCGAAACCUGUACCGUGGAGAUUACUACCGCAUACAGGGGCGUGCAGUGCUCCCCAUCCGCUGGAUGUCCUGGGAGAGCAUCCUACUGGGUAAAUUCACCAUGGCCAGUGACGUGUGGGCAUUCGGCGUGACCCUGUGGGAGAUUCUAACCCUGUGCAAAGAGCAGCCGUAUGCCCAGUUUACAGACGAACAGGUGAUCGAAAACACCGGAGAGUUUUUCAGGGACCAAAAUAAACAGGUGUAUCUGCUGAGGCCGGCCUGCUGCCCUGAGUCACUGUACAGCCUCAUGCUCAACUGCUGGAGGAGAAACGCCAAAGAAAGACCCACCUUCUUGGAGAUCCACAGCACACUGACAGAGCAACAUGAUUAACUGCACACUCAUGUACAGAACAGCUCUUACACACACACAAACACACACAUUCAGCUCUGCCAGUGCUGUACAGAAAACCCAGAGACACCCUGCUCAUUCUAGUAGCAAUAGCUUUCUUUUUGAGUAUAGAUUAUACUUUUAUUAGUAUAUACCUGUACAGUGCUCAGCAUAUAUAAGUACACCCCUCACAAAUCUUUCUUUUAAAUUCAUAUUUUUAAUAGAAAGCUCUACAUAUAUAUUUGUGCGUAUACUGUACGUUAGAUUAGUCAGUACUGAAACCGAAUCUGGAGCUUAUCUCACAAAAUA